AUGCUGGGGAGCUCACAGCAAGCUGGACAGUGCAAGAAAGCCUUCUCAUCCACAAAAGCAAGAGCUACUUUGAAAGUUGUCAGGAAGAGCAUUUGCACCAUUGUCCUUCUCACUAUUGCUGCAGUCACAGGAACUACAGGGCACAAUUCCUCAGCCUUAGUGAUGACUGUAGGUAACAGCUCAGUUCUCAACUGCUCUUUCAAAGGAAAUAUAACUCUGCUUAAAUGGACAAUAACCCCCAAGGCUGGAGGCCUGUGCACCAUGGUAUACAGGGCUGAUAAGAACAAGACACACAGAACAACCUGCAGUGACAACAUAAACUUGAUAUUCAGAGCAGAUCUGCCCCCUGACCUUGAGAUAUGGCAAGUGGGACUAGCCCAGGAGGGAAAUUACAGCUGUGAUGUGGCAUCAGCAGAAGGGAAUUUCCACACAAGGUACCACCUGACCGUGCAGGCCCCCCCGAGGCUGAGCCUGUCCUGUGACGAGCAGGGCAGCCCCGUGUGCGAGGCAGCGGCGGGGAAGCCGCCGGCUCAGCUCUCCUGGGCCCCAGAGGGCAGCUCCACUGCAGAGGAGAGGUGCCACGACAACGGGACAGUGACUGUUCUCAGCAAGUUCACAGCAUGUAGCACCAGUGUCACCAGUGUGACCACCUGCAUGGUGUCCCACCCAGCUGGGAACUGGAGCCAGUCCAUAGCCUGCUGUCCCUCAGGGAAGACUGGAUUCUUUCUUCCCUGUGUCAUCAGCCUUAUCGGCCUUUUGAGUCUCCUGUUCUUGCUGGCUGCUUUUGAGCUUUACAUCUUCUUUAAUAGCUGUGUCAACACCAUGACCAGUGGCAACUACUUCUAG